AUGAAAUCUUAUGCUAGAUCUAAAAGACCACUUAGUUAUCUUGGAAAUUCUGAGAAGAAAAAAAUUGGAAUGUUAGAUGCUGAAAAAAAUGGGAACACAUUAGAUAGAUUUUUCUCUACAGAAAAAAAAAAUAUUCAAAUGAAUGAAAAUGAUAUGAACUCCCACAAUGAUUACUUGAUUGAAGAAAGUAAUGCAAUUGAAAACAACCUUAUGGAAGAUCAAGAAUAUGAAGAUGAAAUUGAAAAAAUAGACAAAUUAUUAAAUGAUCCAUCUACUGCUUCAAAUGGAUAUAAAAUUAAACUUAAAACAUACAAAAUUAUUUCAAAUUAUUGA